GCAGCAGCUGCUAACCGCUCCGGCGGAGCUGCACGCCGCGCCGGGCUUCGUGCAGAGGGCGAUGGCUGCGUCUCCGGCCGCGGCUGGUUCCUCGAUCCACGGUGGGCUCCGGGCCGCGGGCGUCGUGCACGGCGCCCAGCCCUCGUCGCCCUCUGGCGGCGUGGCGGCCCCCCGGGGCCUGCCGCUGCAGCGCGUGGCGGCGCCGCGGCCGAGCACUCCGAUGGCAGUCCUGCCGUACGACUGCCUGGCGACGCCUUCACCGACCACGGCGGUGCGCCUGAGCCCGCGAGCUGGAUUAGUGGAAAGGCAUGAGUAA